AUGCCUCAAAGUAGAACAAUUACACCAAAUUUUCCCUCCAUCAACAUGUUCCUAUUUCAUCGAGAACCGUACUUUUUAGAUUCGAGUGAGGAUAAAAAUCGUAUUCAAAUCAACAACAAGAACAAUAAUAGGGAUGAUGGAGAAGCAAAAACAAUAUUAAGGAUGAGAAGUUUGGAUGAAACUGUGCGGGAUGAUGAUACGCAUUCUUCUUCAAUACAUCAUCAAGAAGCCUUGGAACAUGUUUUUGAGUGCCUACAUCCAUUCGCCACAUACAAUUGGAACAAUGAUGAUGAGAUUUGGUUUGCUCAGUCGGCACCAUUUUCUGGCCCUAGUAGCACAAUUGGGACAGGUAUAUUCGGAAAGAAGAAGCUGAGAUUGAUCAGUAUGGACGAUGGCUAUGAACCACCCAAUACAGUUCGCAACAUUAAUAAUUUUCUGAAUGGAAACAAGACAAUAUUUGGAUUUAUUGGAGUGGUAGGCUCACCCACUAUUCUUGCAGCCUAUGAUUUGGUAGUGUCGUCUGGUCUUCCUCUGAUUGGAAGUUACACAGGAGCUACAUUUUUGAGACAGCCCUUUCAUGCAAAUUUUGUAAACAUUAGACCAUCAUACUAUGAUGAAACAGCUGCAAUUAUGGAUGUAUUGAUUGGAAAAAACAUGGCGAGGAAAAUAUCAGUCCUUCAUCAAGAUGAUCCUUUUGGAAUUAAUGGAUAUGAAGGAGUUAAACGUAUACUUGACCAUAUGGGAAUUCCAAUGUGUUCAUCAGGAAGUUAUCAAAGAAACACACUCAACGUUGAGGAUGCAUUCUACAAGAUUGCAAAGUGUGAUCCAGAUGCUAUUGUUGUAGUGGCACUGUAUGCACCAGCAACAAAAUUCAUCAAAAUGGUUACCAACUCGACCCUUUACCGAAAGGAUAUUUUAUUUGCAGCAACCUCAAUAGCCAGCGAUUUAAUUGUAAAGGAGCUAGGCCCUGAAAUUGCUCCAAGAGUUCUGUUUUCACAAGUUGCCCCUUCUCCAACAGAUACAUCCUCGACCCUUGUUAAAUCUUUCAUCACCGCAAGGAAAUCAAUAGAUUCUAAUUUUACACAAGGUACAUUUAUUGAAAUAGAGGGAUAUAUUGCUGGAAAAAUGACGUAUCACUUGCUCCACAGAAUAAUUGGAUACAUGUCCCCCAGUAACAUGCUGACUAAUCUUUACUAUUCACAAGAAGUUAUGUUUGACAAUUUGAAAUUAGGACCAUUCUCUUCAGUGUCUGUCAAGGAUCCUGUUUACCUUAUUCAAACAAAUUUUUCCACUCAAUUUGAUUGCAAUCAAGGCUCAAAAUCAGUUUGGAGGACGAAAGCUGAUUCUAACUUGAAUUUCUAUAAUUAUGCACCUCCAUUUUCAUGGUACACUUCUGGCACAUGUAUUUCAACCCCAGGCGAUGUCAUCAAUCCAAUUUUAUUAGCACAACUUGUUUAUAACAAUCUAGGAUCUUCUAAUACCUAUCUCACUAACGGAAUUAAAGCCGCCUUAUCCACUGCAUAUGUCCAGGGAAGACCUAUACAUCUACUAACUCGCACUUACUCAGAUUUCCAAUCUCUUAUUUCCACCACUCAAGAUCUCGUUGAAAACUACUAUAUUACUGCAUUGGUUGGAUCUUCUGGAUUGGGAGAAGUUAUUAGUUUAAAUACUUCCUCUAUUGAUCUAUUCAGAGAGAUAUUUAAAACAUCCUUCCCACAUAUUCCUCUGAUUGGAAGUGUAGUUGACAAUCCGUCAAUCAUGUCAACAACUGGUUCGUUGUUUAUCCCAUCCAUGGUAAACAUUAGAAGUACAAUCAUUGAGGAAAUUGGAACUUUGCUUCAACAUGCAUUCAAAAGAGGAGUUACCAGAAUAUCAAUAGUGAACUGUCCUGCAUACGUCCAUAUCAACAAAAUUUUCAAACUUUUAAUGUCAAAAUUGCAACUAACAAUUGAGAGUGAGCAUGGAUGCUCAGAUACCAUUCUUUUCGAUAGCAUCUCGAUAAACCCACAAGUGGUUCUAGUAGCAUGUGCAUCUGCCAUUCUCCCUGGAACUCUUUUAAAGUUGGAUGCAAGUAGUAAUCUUAGACAAGAUGCAUUGUUUUUUGUUUUGGAAGAGAAGAAAAAGCUAGUCUUGUCAAGCCUUGAGAGUGGACCUAAAGGUGUACAAAGACCUAUCUUAUAUAGUUCUUCAUUCCCAGAUCCAAAAAUCUCGGCCGUAACCAUUGUUUCAAGAUUUAAAUCAACUACACCGCCUCUAACAGAUCUUUCUGGGUAUUAUUCUUCUGAUUUGGCUCUUGAAGGAUAUUUUAUUGGAGAGUUUGUUGGAUCAAUAUUGGGAUCAGUUGCAGAUUCAGCACCCUCAAUAACAGGUCAGGCAAUUAUUGACUUUAUAUACAAAAGUCAACAGAUAGUGGUGAGAGACCAAAAGUAUGGAUACUUUAUUAGAGACAAGAAAAAUUCAUUGUGCAAUAUUGGGUCGAGAACAAGAUUUCUAUUCCAGAUAAGAAAUUGUUCAACCUCAAUACUAUCAACAACAGGUUUCCAACAACAAUCAUGUUGUUUACAAUCUGUUUUAGAGGAUUCCAGUACCCUCAACUUUAGAAGACCAAUGCAGUUCGUUAGAUUCAAACCAGGAGACACUGAACAACUUACCAUCGAAGCAAUAGAUGAUUUUGCAAAAGGAGUAAUAUCUUUCAUUAAUGAUAUUAAUACCAUGGGGAAAUAUUCAUUUGCCUUUCAAUUUCUUACUCAAACUUUUAAUGGAUCUUCUGAUAUUCAAAUGUUAGCUAACGAUUUAACCUCUAAACAGCAAAUAUUUGGUGUUAUCGCUCCAGAUGUAGAUUAUGACAUUGAAAUGUUUACGAACAUUAGUUUACCAAUUAUCGGCCCCAAAACUGCUAACAUGCAAUACAGAAAUUACAAAAAAAAUGUAAUUAACAUCUACCCUUCCUUAAUAGAUGAAAUCUUCAAUUUGGUUGAAUUUUUCCUAAAAUUUAGUGACGCAAUUACUAUUGUUUAUGAGUCCUUGGAUGUUAAUAAUUAUGCUCAACCCCAGGUAUUGAAAACUAUCCAAAAUAUAAUAACUAACAGACAACUUUCAAGAGUUUCCCUCACUUGUAUGACUUGUGUCAGUGAUCAAGCAGGGUCAGUAAUAAUUAUGGCAGAAACAGAAGAAAUCAUUCAGUUUAUUAGAGCAAAUCAGAAGAUAAUGAACAGAGUUGGUUUGAUUUCAGAAGCAUAUGAAGAGCAUGAUGAUCUUAAAGAGUUGUUGUCCCUUCAUUCGAAUGUUUACAUGUCCACUAUAGUAUCCCUCACAACAGAAAUGACGGGAUUUGUGGAAUCUGAAUUCACAAAGCAUUUUCAAGUUUCGUUUCCAAACGACGUGCCAACAAUAGAGUCUAUAGAUGGUUUCGUUUCCUUUUUGUUUGUUGAAAAAGUAUUUGAGUCAUUCUUAGAUAGAAUACAACCAAGACAACAACAGGCUUUCAUUGACAAGAUAUAUAGUCUCUCUGUUUUAGAUAUUGGUGACAUUACUCUUGGAAAGUUCACCAAUACCUGCAAUCAAGGAACAAGAAGAUUGUACGUUAGCAGAUUUUCCCUUAGUAACACAAGUGAAGUCAUAACAGUCACAGAACCAAACAGUCUUUUCACAAUUUCAACAUGUGGGUAUAACUUCCCUUCCCCUGCAGUCAUGGAUUAUCUUUAUUAUAUUCUAAUUUCUAUAUUGGCUAUAAUUUUUUUGAUUGUAGCCAUGGGAAUAUCAGGUUUAUUAAUUUACAGACAGUAUAAGGCUAAAAAGUCACACCUUCAUGCUCCAAAAGGAGGAGUCAUUUCUUUUGCGUUUACUGAUAUUCAAAAUUCUACUGUAUUGUGGCAAUACAAUGAGAAAGCAAUGAAAUUAGCUCUUGCUAUACAUAACAAGAUAGUUAGGGAUAAUAUUAAGAAAUACAGAGGUUACGAAGUCAAAACUCAAGGGGAUUCAUUCUUUGUUGCUUUUAGAAAGAUAGAAGAUUGUAUUAAUUGGGCAUUCUCUGUUCAAAGUGAUUUAUUGAAAGCAAAUUGGCCAUCUGAUAUUAUUACACAGUAUGAUUGUAGACCAGAAUUUGAGGAAGGAACAAAAGUUUUGAUUUAUUCUGGUUUGAGGGUAAGAAUGGGGCUUCAUUGUGGUCAAGCUGAAUAUAUUUUUGAUAAGACUGUGAAAAGACCAGAUUACUUUGGCAACACCAUUAACCAGACUGCCAGAAUUCAAGCUCUUGCAAGAGGAGGAGAAAUAUUAUGUAGUGAGGCCAUGUUACAAGAAAGCAAAUAUUUAUUUAAAAUUUCUGGCCCAAGUUUCGAGGAGGAAUUGUCGCAUCAAUCCUUAAACAUACCAAGAAGAAGCUCUGAAUCCACAUUGUCAAAGAAGCGUAGAUCAGUUGUUCCUGGAUCCAAUCCAAUCUAUACAGCCGAAGAUUUUGGAUAUUGCUCCCUAAAAGGUAUUAAGGAGGAAGUCAGAGUCUUUACACUUAAAAAUAAUGAUAUGAAACUUAGAGUUUUUCCACCUAUUGGAAGAUACAAAAAUAUUGAGGAAACAUCGAACAAUACCUUGCGAUCGAUUGCUUCCGUUCCAACAUUUGAAACAUCAAGUAUCAAUGGAGAUGAUAUCAUUGUGCACAUUCCUGAUCAAGCAUCAGACAACCAAAAGAGCAAACCUGAACGGUUGAACACUCAAGCGAUUGAACUUCCAGAGAUUAUGAUUUCUGGUGUAGAUAAUAAAUAA